AUGGGGCUCUUUGCGAAGCUCUUCCCGAGCGGCGGCGCUUCCGCCGUCCAUGCCGACACCGAGGCCAGCGACUCGGAGCCCUCCAUCAUCCACGACGGCGGCCUCGCCUACACUAGAGUGAAGGGGGGCAACGGCUCCAAGCCGUCCUACCAGGAGGCCGUCGGCGCGCCUGUUGAGUCCGACUCGCCGCUGGGUUACCACGUCAACUGGAUCGCCAUCAUCUUCCUGAACGUCAACAUGAUGAUCGGGACCGGUAUUUUCUCUACUCCCGCCAGCAUCCUCAGCAGAACCGGCUCCAUCGGCUUGGCCCUGAUGUACUGGGUCAUCGGAUUCCUCAUGGCUUCCGCCGGCUUCAGCGUCUACCUCGAGCUGGCCAGCUACUUCCCCAACCGAAGCGGCUCCGAGGUCGUCUUCCUGGAGCAGGCGUACCCCCGGCCGAAACACUUCUUCCCCGUGGCCUUUGCCGUCCAGUCGGUGAUCCUGUCUUUCAGCAGCAGCAACGCCGUCGUCCUGUCCAGAUACCUCUGGAGGAUGGCGGAUACUACGCCCUCCGAGUGGCAGAUGCGCGGCGUCGCCAUCGCGGCGUAUACGCUCGCCGUCAUCUGCGUCAUCGCACACAACCGAUACUCCCUCUGGCUUGUCAACUUCAUCGGCGCCCUGAAGAUCCUCACGCUAGUCUUGCCAACUUCCGCAACGCCUUCGACGGCACGACCAGCAACGGCAACGACCAGCAACGGCAACGACCUGUCGAACGCCCUCGUCAGCAUCGUCUUCUCCUACGCCGGCUAUUACAACGCCUUCAACAUGACCAACGAGAUCCGGAACCCGAUCCCGACCCUUCGCCGGAACGGCGUCGUCUCGCUCCUCACCGUCGCCGUCCUCUACAUGCUCUGCAACAUCGCCUACUUCGCCGCCGUGCCCAAGGCCGAGUUCAAGGGCGCCAGCGAGAUCGCCGCCGCCGUCUUCUUAUCCAAGCUCUUUGGCAGCAGCCGCGCCGCCGCCAACGUCCUCAACUUCCUCGUCCUGCUGAGCGCCUUUGGCAACCUUCUCGCCGUGCUGAUCGGGUCGUCCCGCAUGAUCCGCGAGAUCGGCCGACAAGGUGUGCUCCCGUUCACCAACUUCUGGGUAUCGACCAAGCCCUUCGGGACCCCCCUGGGUCCGUACUUGCUCAAGUGGAUCAUGACCUUCAUCAUGAUCGUCGCGCCGCCUGCCGGCGACGCCUUCUCUUUCGUCGUCGACCUGGCCAGCUACCCGAGCGCCAUAUUCAACUUCGCCAUGACGUUCGGCGUCUUCAUCCUGCGCCGCCGCCGCCAGCGAUCUGGCAUCGGCCGCUCCGAGUUCCGCGCCUGGGACGUCGUCGUAGUCUUCUUCCUCGCCGUCCAGGUCUUCAUUCUCGCCAUGCCAUGGUGGCCGCCCAAGGGCGGCCCGUACGCCGGCGACGUCAGCUUCUGGUACGCGACCUACUGCGUCGUCGGCAUCGGAAUCAUUCUGCUCUGCAUCCUCUACUACAUCGCCUGGAUGUACGUGCUCCCGCGCUGGCUGGGCUACGAGAUCCGCACCGAGAUUGUAAACGUCGACGCCAAGGGCGCCAACACGCACCGCCUCGUCAGGGUUCCCAAGGCCGAGGUCGCCCGGUGGGACGAGGAGCACGACGAGGCCGGCAACCUGCGCCGGAGGCACGCCACCACCACCACCAUCACCGAGCUCGAGUCCAGUAACUCGAACGAAAAGGUGCUCUGA